AUGGACAGUGUCGGAUGGCAUGCCAGGCAGAAGGCGAAGCGGGAAGAAGAGAACGCGCGUAGUCCGCAGAGAGGGCCCGAUGGUCGUUUCCGACCAGUGGAAGAGAUAGGUCCCCUUGAUGGGCAAUUCAUUGGCGGUCCGCCGCCGCCCACUCCGCCGCCGAAAGAUGAUCCCCAUUACUCUGUGGCCAACGGAAAGCGCACCCCGUCGCUCGGGACCAUACCGUCCCAAUCAAGCCAGUAUGAGGCUGGAACCCCGGAUUCACCCCUACAUCAUCUCGCUCGGAUGAGCGCUGUGGAACGAUCGAGGAAUCUGAAGGUCGCGCACAUGGAGCCCUACCUCCAGCUAAUGGCAGGUCCGCUUCUGCGGUACGACACCGUCGACAGACAAGGAAUCUGGCGCGGGGCGGCACUGAUCGUCAGUAAGUUCCUAGCCGAAUGCUAUUGUUUGGCCGAUCGCUAUACAUCACUCCGACAGCCGCCGACGCCGCUCGUCUCGCCGAUUUCGCGGGGACUGUCGGUAGAUCUGGGACCUCACCCGGCUGACCCUCAUUCUACGAGUCGACCAGAUUAUGACAGCAUUCCCGACGGUCCAAAUGCAAUCACGAAACACAGUUACGGCCACGAACUGUAUGUCUACGUCGGGCACUCAGGUACUUUUACAUUCUGGCGCUUUAUGCUGGAGAUUCCGCUAGGGCAAACCGAGACACGCAUCACAUACAGCGUCAACCGUGGACUUCCUCUUCAUUUCUUCGUUCCAGGCCGCACGGAAAACAUGCGCUGGGCGGCUUAUUCAUGUAAUGGGUUCAGCGCAGGUGUGAAUGCGAACGACUUCUGCGGCCCUGGAUUCCACAGCGGGUACGACCCAGUAUGGACCGAUCUCCUAGCUAAGCAUGCUGAACAACCAUUCCAUGCUUUGGUGGGAGGUGGGGACCAACUGUACUGCGAUGGAGUUGUACGCGAACCAGAAUUGCAAGAAUGGGUAUCUUUACCGAAGGGAGAAAAGAAGAGGAAGUUCCCACUGAGUGAAGAGAUGCGGGUGGCAAUAGAUCGAUUUUACUUCAAUCACUAUUGCCAUACUUUCAGAAGUGGAGCGUUUGCAAGAGCGAACUGCUCGAUUAUCGGUUCACGGGGAUACUUCUUCUUCUUGCUGUUCCAGUGCUUCAUCAACGUGGACAUUGAUGGCAGAGAUGAUCGACGUCAUCCGUUCCAGUCGCUCAUUAUUGGGGCGGACGGGCCGUACAUACCCUUCCCUUCUCAUUCGUUCUUGACGUACCUCGGUCCUCAAGUAUGGAUGCUACUGCUCGAUUGCCGUGCGGAGAGAAAGCUUGACCAGGUCUGCAGCGACCGAUCAUAUCGGAUCGUGUUCGAUCGAGUGGGCGCAAUGCCCCCAGGCGUAGAACAUCUCGUCAUACAACUUGGCAUUCCUAUCGCUUAUCCUCGCAUGGUGUUCCUUGAGAACGUCCUAGAGUCGAAAAUGAAUCCGUUGACCGCGCUUGGAAGGUCAGGGUCCUUGGGUCUUUCUGGCUUCGUCAAUAAGUUCAACGCUGAUGCAGAGCUACUCGAUGAUUUGAAUGAUCACUGGACUUCGAAAGCCCAUAAGAAAGAGCGCAACUGGCUCGUUGAACAGAUGCAGCGAUAUGCCUGGACGAGACACUGUCGUGUCACGUUCCUUUCAGGAGAUGUACACUGCGCUGCUGUUGGCCUAUUCAAAACACUCCGCCAACAGAAAGAGGCAGACAUACCACCUCCGCUCGACCAUCGGUACAUGCUGAAUAUUGUGUCUAGUAAUGAAUUCACCUGUCUUAUUCUUCCCAGUCCACCGAACCCAGUCUUGACCAUGGUUUCCUCACUGGCCACCAAAACACACCGUACUCUACAUCGCAUCUCCACUGACGAGACGAUGAUUCCUCUGUUCGAGAAGGAGCCUAACGGGCAGCCCGCGAAGAGCAAGUGCAUCAUGGGAAGACGUAACUGGUGUGCCGUGUGGUGGGAGACUAGUGGCGACUUGGUCUUCGAUAUGCGGGUCGAGAUUGAGAAAGGCAUUGGGCGAACUGCUAGCUAUCCCAUACGGGCACCACCUCCUCGGUGGACAACGUCAUGA